AUGGCUGGAGAAGAGCAAAAACGCAGAUGGAGCCUUCAAGGCAAGACCGCACUUGUCACCGGUAGUACCAAAGGGAUUGGGCAUGCUAUAGUCGAGGAACUUGCAGGAUUUGGGGUAAUAGUACAUACGUGUGCUCGAGACGAAGCUCAGCUCAAUGAGUGUUUAAGUGAAUGGAAAAAGAAAAGGUUUCAAGUUACGGGUGUUAAGGCUAUUGGGCCUGAGUCCAGUGAAACUGCAAAAUCAGUGUUGGGCCUUUACAAACACCCGAAGCCCAACACGGUCUCUGCUUCUGUAACGGUUCCUUCUGCAACGUCAACAUCAAGCACAAGACACAAGUCUUUUCCGUACAAGCCAGCUGUGACUGUGGGAAUCAGCAAUAGAUUUGAAACCCUAAGAUUGUGUGAUGGAGAAUGA